GCCCCCGCACGUGUCUGCGUCGGCGACCUGAACGACGACCACGACGACACCACCCUUCGCCACAUUGCCGAAGGACCUUGGAGGCCACCGAAGAGUGCGAGAAAGUCUCCGUCGCAGAGCCCUCUGGGGCCGGCUCUCAGCGGGCUUCCUGGGCAUUCCCUCGACCGUGUGGUGGUUCUCCAGAGCAGCGCGUAACAAAGAAGACUUUUGAGGUGUCCACUUCCCAGUGCCAUGGCUUGUCAGUGUUGUCACGUUAAGAGACCCUAGUGGGGACCGGACGGGCCAUGGAUGCAACCGCAGGGGACCAUGUGGAGGGAAACGCUCCUCCUGAGAUUUUCUCCACGGUCACGUUACCUGUGUCUGCAAAUGAGCUUGCGCUGCAAGCACUAGCAAGCCCGCUGGUUGCCCUGCCUGCCAGCCCAACUUCAAGUGUCCCUCAUGCAGCAGAGCCCAAGGGUGGUGGAGAAGUUAGUGUGACAACAGAAUGUAAAGGUGUGCUGGAUACUAUUGUUUCAGAGACAAAUGGAGCAGAAAAGAUCAUAGACCCCAGCCUUGAGAAAGGUCAGCAUCUGUCUAUUACAAAGGACAGUUCCAGGAACAACAACAGGCCAUCUUUGUCAGGAGCUACUUUGGUAAGGCAAGAAGAAACUGAGCUCUGUUAUAGUACAACAGAACAAGACUUAGUCCUUGAAGGCAAACAGAAUACAGCGGAUCUAAUAAUUGUUGCUGAGCCAUCAACAUCAACUAGUAUAAACUGCUCCUCUAGUAAAUUGAGAGAUAAUGCUACUGACAACCUCAACAAUCUUGAUACUGAAAGAUCUUUCAAAAAUUCAGAUGAAGUAUGUUCAAGAGCUACUUCUGAUUCUAUUUCUAAAGAUAAAUUUUUGAAUGGUGAAUUAUGCAAAGAAGCAGAUGUACUCACAGAAACUUUUGAAGAGUUAGUACAAAACGGCCAUGCAUGUGAAGAAUCUAAUGCAGUUUCUUCAACAUUGGAUAAAAGUAACUUGUUAGGACUUCACGCCAACUCUCAAAAUUUAGAAGAACAAGAAGCCCUAAUAGAAUCUCAUGAUCGGUCAGAUGGCAGUGAUUCAGGUCUAGGCUCUGAAUCUGCUGAGGCACUGUCUUCAAACUCUGCUGAUGAACUGUGUAUAGAGACUACAUGUGAUACAGAAACAUUCUGUGUUGGAAACCAUUUUAAAAAUAAUAAUGUUCCUACCGAUGGUGUUGAAAUACAGAUAGGAGAUACUUUUACUGUCUCAGAUAAAAGAUUUGUAUCAAAUUCUACUGAUUCAGAAGUACCAGAUCUGUUAAACAAGUCCAAACUUUUGUCUGACUGUGAAAGAAAAUCGACUGUUUCAGAGUUUGCAAAUGGAGAUGAUGCAGUGUCCAUUUGCAUAAGUAGUGUAAACCCUCAUCCUUUGAAUGAUAACGUACAUGUUGCCAUUACUGAAAACCAGUCUUUUGCUGAUGCCUCUCUGAAUAAAUGUAAUCAAUUACCACUAGAAAGUCAAGAUCAAAGUAUUCAUGUUCAAAAUUACAGCCCAACUGAGAAUGCAAAUGUUAAAUUAGUCAACAAAAGUGAUACUUUUCAACCUUUGCUAAGUCUUUAUCCCAUCCUCAAAAAUUGUGCUGCAGAUCUGAAAGAAACAGAAUAUUCUAGUGUUACAGGUAACUGUGAUAUGUUGCAGUGUGGGACUUCAUUUCAAAGUGAUGAUACUAUGGUGUCUACCUCUGUGGACAGCUCUCAGAAGUCAUUAGAACCAUUGAAAGAUUGCAGUAAAAUUCAUACUGAAGUCAUUAAAAAUAAUUCAGAAUUAUCCUCAUCUAGUAAAAACCUGUCUGAAUUUACAGGGGUGACUGAGGAUGUGGUAACAGUCUUUGCACAAGGUCAGAAUUCAUUUGCUUCCAAUGGACUUGCUUUGGAAUCAAGUGGUAAGAAUGUAAACAGAGAAACAGAGGAAAGGAUUAACUGUAUCUCAACAUCUAUAAACGUAGCAUUGCCAACGGAUUGCCUAGCUGGAACUGAAACGUUAAGUGAGGACAAUAUCCCCACAUUUGAUGAUUUGAGGACGCCACCUGGAGAAACAGAUUGUAAAGUUUCUCUGGUUGAAGAAGUAGAUGAAGAUAUUCCCUUGCAAACACCUACAGUGACUUUGGCCCCAAUACUUUCUGAUUUCUCUCUUAAAACAGUUGAUACUGAUAUUGGGAGACAAGCCACAAUGCCUGCUAUGGUUUGCGAGGGAGGAGACGGUGUGGAUGGGCUAGAUUUUCCUCACACUCAUGAAAAGACUGAAUCUGUUUCUUUACCUAUAUCUGAAAGUAGCACUAAUGAAUCAUUGGCUGGCCCUAGUCGGAAUAUGUUAAUGUCAGAAGAAAGUACUAAUACUUUCAGAAGAAGGAGGAGUACAUUAAAAAGGCCAGCAACAUCUGUAUGUGAAGGUGGAAGCAAGCCGAAAAGGAAAAAGUCAAUUGUCUUUGACUCAGUCUCAGUAUACUACUUUCCCAGAACCCAAGGCUUCACUUGUGUUCCCUCCCAGGGUGGAUCGACCCUAGGAAUGGCCCAAGAGCACUCUCAUAUGCAUCGCUUCACCAUGAUGGAACAUGCAAUAGAACAGCGACGUGCUCAUCGCAAUAUGUUGAUGCAACUACGCAGAAGCACAGAGCUUGGUGAUGGCUCUAGUUGUCCAACUCCAAGUAGUAGCGGUGGGGGGGCUGCUGACGAAUCCAGUGAUGACUCUGAUUCCGAUGAAGAACAAAGUGAAAUUUCAGAAGAGGAGAUGGAUAUGGAUGGGUAUUACUUCCUUCAGCCGGUGCCUACAAGACAACGACGAGCAUUGUUAAGAGCUGCUGGAGUUCGAAAGAUAGAUUCUGUUGAAAAAGAUGAAUGCCGUGAUAUAAGAUCAUCAAGAGAGUUUUGCGGCUGUGGAUGUAAAAACUUUUGUGAUCCAGAAACCUGUUCAUGUUCUCAGGCAGGCAUAAAGUGCCAGGUGGACCGAUUAAAUUUUCCAUGUGGUUGCACCCGAGAGGGCUGUGGGAAUACUUCAGGGCGUAUUGAAUUCAAUCCCAUGAGAGUAAGAACUCACUUUAUCCAUACAUUAAUGCGCCUUGAGCUAGAAAAGAAGCAGCAAAAGGAAGAGGAUGAACUCCGGCGACAACAACAAUGGACUAACCAGGCCACAAAUAGUGUUAGUGAAAUUUUGCCAGAUGCAAGUUCAUCUUCUAGUACUGAAUUGGAGUCAUGUGGUGAUGUAGGUUCCUUUGGUACUAUUUCGAACUCAGAACCUUCAGUACAAAGUGACAAUCAAUAUUUUUUGGGUGGUCAGCAAGGGUAUAAUCAACAAUCACUUCAGCAGCAAGGACAGCGAAGAGUGCCAAUGUUUGUGUUAAAUCAAGGAAAUUUUUCAUAUUCUCAGUCUGGGAACAAUUACAAUGCAGCUCAAGGAGCUAGUUAUUCUGCUGCUGGCUCUUUUAAUUAUUCUAAUAGUCAAGCUUCCCAAGAUGUCAAUUUUCAGCAACAGCAGCAAUUUAGUUUUCAAACUUAUCCAAGUACAUCCCUUCCAUCAAUGUCUAACAUCACUGAAAAUUAUAGGAAUAAUAUGUAUAGAGAACAGUGUCCUGGAAGGACAGGGGAUCAAACUUUUGUAAAUGGAUCAUCAUGCCAGGAGCAGCUUGGGCUAUAUGUUAGUGAACGCCUGCCUCUUCAAAAUGCUGAUGAUGACUCUGCAUCGUCUGCAGAAAGCACCAACUUGGGCCAAUACACAGCUUUAAAUUCUGUAUGUACUUUAAGUAACCAAUUAGAACCGUACUCCACUAUUUUAGGAGGGCGGUGCCAAUAUGCACCACCUGCAACAGUGUGUGAAGACAGGUCAGCGGAAUCAAUAGAUGCCAGUGCUGAUGUGGAAGGCUCACAAUCUAGUGAUGGUACAACCAGGGAGGCUGCUGCAUUGGCAACCCCUUCAGAUGACUGUGAUGAAAACUUUGGUGAAAUAAUUAAGAAGUCAAUAGUUGAAACGGUAUCUGCAUGAUGCUGUCUCCUUAGUUUUGGAUACAGUUUCUAAGUUUUGUCACAUUUUUCUAGUUAAUGUUUUAGUAAUGAAAUUGUAAUCCUCAUAUAAUAGUUUUAUUCUUAUUAUUCUUCUUAUUACUAUUUUAUUGUUCUUAAGAUAUUUUUAAACUGUGUGCUGCCAUUGACAGUUGUAAUUUAUUUUAUUGUUAGUAGUACUGUAUUGCAGUAUUAACUAAAUAUUCUGCAUAUAGUAUCCAUUGUACUAUGGCUAUGGAAUGUAUUUUAAUCAAUGUUUUAUCUCUUCCAGUAGAUGGAACAAUAUGUGAUAUUGUAAAAUGAAAUUUUGUCUGUAAAGCAAAUGCUAGAAACCAUCUCAAACUAACAAUAAAUUCUGAUGUUAUAAUUUA